UUCCUUAGGGGCUGGGAACGGUGCACAACCAUGGGCAUCUCACGCGACUCGCUGCAUAAGCGGCGCGCCACGGGCGGCCGCAAGAAGCACUGGCGCAAGAAGAAGAAGUAUGAGAUGGGCCGUGUGCCGGCUAACACCAAGCUGAGCACCAACGUGGCUGUCCGGACAGUGCGCGUGCGCGGUGGGCACACCAAGUUCCGCGCUCUCCGCCUGGACACUGGCAACUACUCGUGGGGCUCGGAGGCCGUCACCCGCAAGGUGCGCAUCCUGGACGUGGUCUACAACGCGUCCAACAACGAGCUGGUGCGCACCCAGACGCUGGUGAAGAACGCCAUCGUCCAGGUGGACGCCACGCCCUUCAAGCAGUGGUACCAGAAGCACUACAACGUGGAGCUGGGCGCCAAGAACCAGGCCGAGAUUGUCCCUAAGCCGGAGGAGAUUAAGGGCUCGAACCACGUCAAGCGGAAGAUCAAGGAGCGCCUGCAGAAGCGCAAGCUGGACUCGCACCUGGCUGAGCAGUUCUCGACCGGCCGCCUGUUCGCGUGCAUCUCGUCGCGCCCCGGCCAGUGCGGCCGCUGCGACGGCUACAUCCUGGAGGGCAAGGAGCUCGAGUUCUACGUGAAGAAGAUGCAGAAGAAGAAGUCGAAGGCCGCCUAAGGGUGUGGCCGACGACUAAGGAGCGCCAGCGGAGGUGGCGCAAGCCCCUCAAGCAGACGUGUAACGACCCAUGGUCUAGAGAGUAAAUGAGAAACCGACUCUGGAGCACUCUCCUGGGGUUCGGGGCUGGAGCGCGUUGCAGCGACGUUGCGGGUAGGGGUGAUACAAAACAACAGGGAGGGCGCAUGACAGCGUUUUUACGGUGCUGACAGACCAAGACCAGCCUAGGCUUACGGUUGGCUGGCACACAGGACCAGAACAGCCGCAGCGGGGUCCGUGCAGCGCUGUACUUACGAUUAACGAUACAACAGGGUUCCGAUAACAUGCAGCAAGGGGGGCCAGCCGGCAUGCUUCGCAUCCCCAAACCCCAGCAUUGCGGCGAUGUGUGCCGGUUAUUGACCAGACGGUGGUGGCGGAGGACCUGGCCCCACCAGCCGCAGUGGUAGCGCCGGCGGCAGCGGCCCUGGGCCCGCCGGGAGCGGCCGUGGGCCCAUCAGUUGCGGCGUGCAUAUGCGUAGCGGAGGGGGCGAGCAAGGCCACGUGGAGGAGGACAGCGCCAAGAAGCGGCGCCGGCGCGCAUAGGCGCGCAGGUUGACGCCGGCCGGUGUCUGGUAAGCGGUCUUUGCUGGCAAGCAUAGCACAGCACAGUGUGGUAGGCCGAGGAGUGUUGUGGCUAGAGAAUUUCCUGCUGUUCGGUUUAUUGCUGGGCUGCGCUUGUGCUUGACAGCGGGACUACUGACGCCUGCUCUCGUGCCGCCUGCAAGCCCACUCCGCCUUCCGCUCUGGUCUGAGUACGCAUUAGUUCCGCAGCACACGUCAAUAACGGGACGUGGCUGGACGCAUGGCGGGCCGUGCCUGUACGAACCGACUUGGGCUGUGUCCGGGAGAUGAGGUAGACGCUUGCGGCCUGCCGGCCUCAGACUGGAGACGUGGCGUGGGGUCAGUCCGUGCGAGGGUAAACCACCUUUCUUGUCAACGGCACUCUCGUCGACUACAUGUUCGCUUGUGCGUGUUGCGUUCUUUCAAGCACGUCAAUUUACGGCUAGGGAGUGACUGAAGCGCAACUAAUUUGC